AUCCCUCCUCUCUCUCUUUUCCUUUCUUCCUCUCCCGCCUCCCCUCUCUGUCUUUCUUUCUCUCUUUUCUUGUGGUGGGUUCAGCACAGCCUGCCCGGUCAUUUAGCCCCCUUUUUUCCGCACUGGGGAAGCUGAUAGCAAUGGGACGACUCGGUUUCAGCACCACGGAGAGCGCCCGGCUUCUGCUGCUCGGUGUGCUGGCGCUGUCCGUGGUGCUGGCGGAGCAGGAGGGGGAGAACCUGUCCGGUCUGUCCACCAACCCAGACAAAGCCAUCUUCGCGGUCCGGGAGAACGGCACGACGUGUCUGAUGGUGGAGUUCGCUGUGAGAUUCCUCGUGCCAUAUGACGUGCUCGCGCUCAAUGGGAUAGACCUGAUCAGCGAGCAGGCGGCGUUUACUCUGCCCCGUAAUGCAGAAAUCGAGGGGAAAUGUGGGAGCACGGAAUCAGAGAUUCACAUCAGCUGGAAGAACAACGCCUACACCCUCCGCAUCUACUUCUCUAAGGAGUUCCGUGACAAGGGCAUCGAGGUGUGGAAGAUUAGCAAGGUCCAGUUCGUCUAUGACACCUCGGAGACAUCGCAUUUCAUCAACGCGUACAACCCUGGGAAGCACACAGCCAGCACCCACCGCCUGUCGGCCCUGGUGACGCCCGCCGGCCAGUCCUAUCUGUGUACAGCGCAGCAGACUCUCACCCUCAUCUCUAGUGACCACCAGAAAGGCGUCACUGUCUCCAUGUAUGACAUCCAGAUCCAGCCCUUUGACAUCGCCUCUGACUUCAUGUUCAGUGAAUCCUACAAGUGCAUCACUGACCAGCGGGAGCGCCUGGAGGAGACCCUCCCCCUCAUUCUGGGUUUCAUUUUGGCCCUCAUCAUCGUCAUCACGCUCACCGUCUACCACUUCCACCUGAAGCUGACAGCCAACCAGCCCCAGCUGCCCAGAGAUCGCUCCAUGUACAAGAACAUGUAGCCAGCAGCACAGCGGCAGCGGCAGCGGCUCCCUCAGCUCUCUCCAAAGCUAACCUGAUCAAAGACUUGUCUCCUCGAUGUCCCGGGCCUAACACCACAGAGGAAAGUACCAUGUGAUGGACUGAUUCCUUGACAGAGAAAUGUGUGUAGCCUGUACUGAAGGCCGACUGAACAGCUACAACACAAGUGAAUGGGACAUGCUUGGGGCCUAGCAUGGAGGUAGUUGCAGGGUAAACCCACCAAAACAUAAUUUACCGCUGCUGAAUUGAAUCUUAAUGCCAUAAAUUCAUAGUCUGUAUUACAGUAAUUAGAAUUUUAAUGAAUAAAAAACAAAUUUAUGCUUUUAUGAAAAUAUAAUUGAUUUUUGCUCAGAUUGGUGGUUGUUUGUCAUGUGAAAAAUCAUCAACUUGAAGUAACAAUUUACUCCCCUCCCCCAUAACAUAACUGGGAUCUAGUUGACCAUUUCAGCUUUUUUUUUUUUUCCAACUUGUUUUUGAAAGAAAUGUCAGAAAUUGCCAGAGCUUCUGCGACCAUUUGCCAAUUGUUUGUUGUCUUCUCCUCCAUUUCUCUCUCUGAAACUGCUGCUAAAUAAUUUCGAUACCUAUUGUCGGUUCUGUAUUUGCUAAUCUUGAAAAAAAAUUUCAAGAAUCCCUUUUAUUUCAUUUUUGAAUGCAGCCAUAGUGUUUCACAGUGGACAAGUCUUGUAGUGUGUGCAGUGCAGUGGCAUUCAGAGUUGCAAUGUUUUUGCUUUGAACUCAACAAAUCUUUUCUCAACACCAAUGUAUGGAACAUAUCAAAAAAAGGGAAGAAAGAAAUACAUAAACAUCUGACAAAAUGUCUCUAUGAAAUAGUAGAGAAUUUAUCAGAAUGCCAUAUGAGAGUUUAUGAAAAGAGAGGUUAUUAAAUUGAAAAAAAUAUAUAUGUGUAUGAUAUUUUCAGAAUCAAAGUCUAUGCAUAAACCUCUGCUGAUGCAAUCUUGUGCAGUAUUCUUCUGUUCAUUGAAAUAAAUUGCUGGAAUCAUCUCUA